GAGCUAGCGAAGCGUGGUGUAUAUACGUGUAUUCUCUAAUAUUCUUAGAAUUACUGUGAACCUGAUUCCAUGUUCGAUAUUCGAACAAAGUUUUUAUUACAUUGAGAGUUUAAAUAAAAACCGUAUCGGGUUUUUUCGUGGGACGACUAUUAUUCUGGUGGAGUAACUUUUCUUUUUUUGUAUUGUUUACCUUUUCAAGCAUCUUGGAUUACAGCGAAUAUUCCGGUGUCGAAACCUAUUCCAUUUGCGCGUGAAGUGUUCGAAUGUGGAUCGCGUGCAUCUGGAGAUGUGGAGGCAGUAGUGAAAAUGAAAGCAGUCCACAAAUGCAAUUAAUAAGCUUGUUUUGAGACACGAAAUUGUUUCUAAAUCGGUAGUUUGAGAUUCGGAUUAUUCUAGAGCGCAUGGAAACCAUCGAUCAUAGAUACAUUUCGUCGAAUAUUAUUCCUUUGAAGCUUUGUCCCCGCAUGUAGAAGAGGUGGGAGGGGAGCCAUGUCCUCCCCAGCCGAGCAGCUGCGGCUGGCCGCAGCUGCAGGUAACUUGGAUCAAGUACGGUCUCUGCUGAAGGCUGGGGCCAAAAUAGACCCCGACUUGGAAGGAAGAACGGCACUUCACCUUGCAGCAGCGAACGGGCAUGCCUCCGUUGUAAAAGUUUUGUUAGAUGCUGGUGCCAAAAUCAACGCCUUGGACGCUGCUGGUUACAGUCCUCUCCACCAGGCGGCAACCGAAGGUCACGAAGAAGUGGUAAAGCUUCUGCUCAAGAAUGGAUGUCAUGUCGAUACUCAGGAUGAACUGCAUGGCAACACGGCACUUCAUGAAGCAGCCUGGAAAGGCUUCAGUCGGACGCUAGAAAUUUUAUGCAAGCACAGAGCUAACGUGUAUAUUAAAAAUAACGGAGGAUUUACGCCUUUACAUCUCGCUUGCCAAAAUGGACAUAAUCAGUGCUGCAGAGUUCUUCUUCUAUCUGCUUGCAAGCCAGAUGUUCGAAAUAGUCAGUAUGGUGAUUCGCCACUUCACACGGCUGCUAGGUACGGCCAUGCAGGGGUCCUGAGGAUAUUAAUCAGUGCAUUUUGCAAUGUAAAUGAAACAAACAAGAACGGAGAUACUGCUCUCCAUAUAUCUGCAGCCAUGGGAAGGAACAAGUUGACAAGGAUUUUACUCGAAGCCGGAUGUGAUCAAAAGAUUAAAAAUAAUCAAGGCGAGACUGCCAGAGACAUCGCUGAAAGAAAGGAAUUUAACGAAGUUGUGAAACUCAUGGAUAAUCCUCCAGUCACUCUCAUUCCCGUAGAUGAUCCUUCAAGCAGAAAGCCCUCAAAAUCAUCCAAGAAGAGAGAAAAAGAUAGUGGCACUUCCCAGGAGAGUGCCGUCAAGGAGAAAAAAGACAAACAUAAAAAGAGCAAGAAGAAUCACAAAGUCCAUUUCUCAGACAAGGAGAAGAAAGGGCACAUCAGCCCUUAUGGCUGCCCCAUGUAUCCGGACAUGAAUUGCUUUCCUUCAAUCAAGCUGAAAUCCCUACCACAAGAGCCUCUGAAGACUGGGGAGCAAUAUUACGCAGAUCUUGCUGGAAAUAUAAAAAAGGGUCCUCGAGGAUUUGGAUACAUGUGCUAUUGUGCACCUUUUUUUAAUCAUGUUGAAAAGAAAUUAGAUGCUAAUAAGAAGGAGCUACUAGAGCACAUAGACAGCAGGAAUGAGGAUUUAAAGGCAAAAAUUACUCACCUUGAGCAAAGGACUCAUGAUCAGCUUUUUAACUUAAAUCAAAAAAUGAAGGAAAGUCUAGCCAUUGAGAGAGGAGACUGUGCUGAACGCAUAGAUCGACGACUUUUCAGGGAACGCCGAGAACUGGAACAGCAACAAGAAAGCUGCGUCCGAGCUCUUCAGAAUGAAAUGAAAGCUUGGCUUCAUAAAGGUCAAAAUGGUGUACCAACAAAUGGUGACCAUCAAAAUUCAAAUGUUAGAAAUGGAAUAUAUCAUGCCCAUAAUGGCAACAUACCUCUUAUGAGGUCUAAAUCAGAAGACUUACUUUCUGAGACAAACAGCAAUCAUAACAGUGUAUCCUUAUUGUCCAGUACUGUCACUGGUGUAUCUCGUUUUACGAAUAAUAGCAACUGCAAUAGGACUUAUUUAAAUCAAGCACAGUGUGGCACAAAACCAAAAGUGAAUUCUCAUGUGCCAAAUGUUUCACGACUAAAAAUGAGAUGUCUAGGAUACCCUGAAUUGAAACGUGAGAGUAGAAGUGAAGGUGAUUUAACCAGUUGUCAUACAGAAACAACUGAUUAUAAUACAAAUCGACCAGCUCUUCAAGCAAAUGCUUACUCAAUUCGUUCUUCCUGCACUGGUUCUGGAGACAAACAUACGAAAGUCCAGGCAAAUUUCCAUUCUGAUUAUACAACUCCUCAGUUAUCUAGAGAUAAAUGGAAUAGAAAAGAGGAAGUCAGUGGCUUACUUUGGAGAAGUGAGCAUCGUGCCCAGAAGUCUCUAGGUAUUCGAAAUGAUCAGCAAGACACUAUAUCAGGUUUUCAAUCAGACGCAUCCAAAAGCCAAACUAAUUAUGUGACUGUAAGACCUUCUUAUUGUACAAAUAUUAACUCUGAUCAAAACAGGCAUUUAGCUACAGAUAUUAUAAAGGCAGACUUAAAAACUCAGACUCGAACUCAUCCAAAUGGUUUACCAUCUGUACAAAGCAGAGAGACAUUACUUCAUCAUAUAAAAAUCAUGCAAGUAUUGCAGAUGACAGGAGCAAUAAUGUGCUGUCUGCGCCAUUAG